CUCCAGCACUUCCCAUCUUUUCCCGCGAAAAAUUUCACUCAGGGCCUAUAUAUUUGUCAUUUAACUUGUUGCUUUGGAGCGCAUCAGUUAGCUAGUUGAUUGAUGCGUAGUUCAAUAGUCUUGCUUGAUUUGCUCCACCUUGUUGCACAACAUCGAUCAACCUAUUCAAGACUUGUACUAGUAACUAAGAACUAACUGCUUCGCAAGCAUGGCGUAUUUUCGAGGAGGUGUCAUUACCCACCUAUUUUUAGUUGUGGUAACGAUGCUGCGUGAUGGCGUUGCCGCGUCUAUAUUUCGUAGUCAUCAAGGUCACCCGGCAGGAGCGCGUUUAUUGACAGCGCCACGACAGCUGGAGAUGGUAUCCGCAACGAGGCUGGACGCUCAUGUUCAAGGAGAAGGAAAAAGUGUUCCCGGUGCUGGUCCUCGUCCACACCACGACGAAUACAAGAAGAUGAUCGAGGACCGCAGCAAGAGUCCGACGACGACGGCGAAUGAGGACCAGCAUAAGAAGUUGUUCCGAAUCCGUGCCGAAGAUGUGGCUAUGUUUGACCUGCUGAAAUCCCAAAACUACGAUGGUGGGAUUGAGAUUCCAGAACCUAUGACGUGCCCGAUCUGUCUCACGGUAGCAAGAGAACAUCAAGAUGGGGAGUCUACUUCGUUGUACUAUAGUUAAGGCUACAAGAGAUCCAUCUUCUCAAGCUUCUGCCUGGGUCACGUUUUUCAAUGGAAAAGGGGACCCGAGGCACUGCUGCGGAUGAACUUCCCUUAGUUCUAAUAUAGGCAUCUCUGUGGGCAUGCUUUGUGUGCGAAAUGCAAAAAUAAGAUGUUCAAAAAUGCAAGAAAGAAAGCGAAAGACGAAGGACGGGAAGCGAAAAGAUAUGGGAACGGUCGGAGCGGCAACGGGAUUGCAGUGAGGACUGCGAGGACUGUUUAUGCAGCGGAGCAACGCUGUGUAGUGUGUCGGCAAGGUGGAAGGCUUGAAGACCUCGUGCCGACACAAGAACAGGAAAACUUACGAAAGCUACUAUUUAUGUUCUAG